AUGCCCAAGGAGAGAUACUCUGGAUUUAGCAUUCACUCAGCUACGGUUGAUAUAAACUACCUUUUUCUGGGAGUAUAUACUACGAGUUGGACUACUGGUUUAGAUCUUGAAGGUCUUUGUUUACCGGAUCCAAGUUCUCUUGUGCUUUUCAUGACCAUCAUGUUAAGUGCAUUAAGUAUAGUGGUAUCCAGCGUAUAUUUGAAAAACCAACAUUUGUAUACAAGCUGUACGAAUAUCAUGACAUUCACUUUGGUAGUCGCCUUCUUAAUGUUAGUCUGUACGGAAUACACGGAUCGGAUUCUUGUUGGCCUGGCACCUGUUUAG